ACCGUGCAUGCCAAGCGUGCAUUUUCCAGACAAAUUGACCUGCCAUGCGUCACUGUGCCCUGCCAGCAGCACUACUUGCAGUGGUAACUGGGGAAGGCAACCCGAGCUGCUGGCAAGAGGGCUUCUCCUACAGCCUUUGCUGUGGUGAGCAGUAUGGCCCAAACGGGAACGAGGAAUGCUGGGAUGGGAUGCACACCUUCAAGACGUGUUGCAUUUCUGGGGAUUCCUUCGCAUCCUCCGAGAACUUUGACGACCUCAUGACACGAGGGAGCACAGGAGAUGCUUCAGUGCUCCCUGCCAUCAUGCAGCUCUUGAGCACAGGCGGCGAAGACUGCCCCAGCGUGGCCGGGCAAUGUGAGGGCGCCGAGGGCAUUAGCGGCGCUCAGUGGAAGGCCUUUUUCGAAGCCUCCAGUGUCUCAAAGUUCAUGCGGUUGCAACCCUUCCCUCCAGAUGGCGACCCCCGGGAGCUUUGGUCCCUUUGCUGCGCCAACCGGACCAUCAGCGUGACCGAGCAUGCAGAGCGCUUGUGGCCACGCUGCCGUGCGGGCGCCGCCGCGCUGGUCAUGGCAGUGCUGCCGCAGCUGGAGCUGCGCUUGGGGCAAGAGUCGGCGAUGGAAGGACUCGAGGUGGCGGGGAGGAUGGCCGAGCAGUUAGAGGCUGAAGCUGAUUGCAAGUGGUUAUAUCAGACCAAUCGGGCCGCUUGGUCCCACUUCACAUGGUUCCUCUCAGAGGCCAAGCCAGGCGAACAGUUUCUGGGCGAAGGGGAUAUGUUUGGGUGGAUGGGAUGCACAAAAAAUGGAGGGUUCUGAAGAGGUAAUGACUAUGAGAAAGUUGUAAGUAUAAA